AUGGUCGUAUCGCCAGGGCAAAUCUCCCAGAGGCGAUUCCAGCGGCGGCUCCUCGUUCAGCUUCGAUCGGUGAGUUCUAGAUCGACAUUGGAACAGGGAUCGCGAGACGGUCGCAUCGGGAGACUGCUUGCCGGAUUGAAAUCCUGCGCCAGGGCAAAAGAUCUUCCGGGUGGAAAGAGACUCCAACGCGAGGCGAUCGCCAGCGGCAGCGCCUCGAAUGUCUUCGUGGCAACAGCGCUGGUGGAUUGCUUCGCAAAAUGUGGAAGCAUGGCAGAUGCUCGCCAAGUUUUCGACGCCAUGGCCAGUCGCGACGUGGUGUCUUGGAACGCUCUUCUCCUUGGGUAUGUCGAGAAUGGCGAGAGCGAGCUCGCAUUGGAAUUUUUUGCCGGAAUGGGAGAGAAAGGCUGCGAGGGAAAUGCCAGGACGUUCCUGGCGGCAUUCAUGGCUUGCUCAAGUUUGGCUUCCAGAGAAGCUGGAAAAUCACUAGAGGGGAAGCUCGUCAAGCUAAAGUCACUGGAGAAGGGAAUGGAUCUUCACUCGCAGGCGUGGAAAAGAGGAAGAGAUUGCCAGGAGAAUUUCUUCAUGGCGACUGGACUUCUCGACAUGUACUCCAGGUGUGGAAGCAUGGUUGACGCUCGACAGGUUUUUGAUACCAUGGAAAAUCACGACAUUGGCUCCCUGAACGCACUGAUCGUGGGAUACGUCGAGAAUGGCCAUAGCGAGCUUGCUUUGGAGAUCUACUCGUCCUUCCGACAAGGUUCUAGCUUGGUUGCGAACGCUAAAACUUUCCUCGCCGCCACCAUGGCCUGUGGAAACUUAGCAGCAAGCCAGGGAGAAAAGAUUCUGGAAACGGGGAGAGCUAUACACUUGCACGCGGUGAAGAGCUGCUGUGACGGGGAUAUAUUUCUGGCAAACAGCCUGGUGGACAUGUACGCCAAGGGUACGUAG